AUGCAGACUGAGCUCGGCCGUUGCGCAGCUGGGGAGGUGGAUUCCAUGAUGAUGUCACCUCCGCGGCAGGGCACGAGCUGGGCUGCAUCCCUGGGCAUGCGCUUUAGCCGAGCGUCUCCAGAUACACGUGCUCGGAGGGAUGAUGACCUUGCAAGCGUAUCAACCGCCAGCACCUUGACCCGCGGAAAAAACCAGGUGGACGAGGCCUCCCUCCACUUAGCAUUGGCGAUGGUGACCGCGUUGAACAGACGUGCUGCCGAGCCGCUGGAGGUGUUUUUUGCCAAGACAGGGGUGGUGAUGGCACCUCCCAAGGCUGCUUAUGAUGAACCUGCUCUUGUUCUUGCUUUUGCGGAGGACCAAGUCACCUGCUACGCUGGCUUUGGUGCCUUCGGGCCUGAGAUCAGAUCUGGCCCCAAGGGUGGCUGCUUUGGAAAAGGUGCCACUAUCACCAAGGAUAGCUUUGGGGUUGUGCGAGACCCUUCGGAGAUGCGCCAGCUCUGCACUGACGAGGAAGAGGGACCACUGGGACGUUCCACCUCUUUGAAUUUGAACAUCGACGAGUCGCCGCGCAGCUACGCAGCAUCUCAGGGUAGCAAUGACAGCGAGGACGAAGGCGCUGGUUGUAAAUGGCCGUCCUCAACCAGGAGCAACGGCCGUUAUGCAAAGCUUUUUUCAGCUGCACCUCGACACUUGGCGCUGGUCUUCGAUACCUUCGCGGCCAGGGACAGGUGUCUUGAAGUGAUUCGUGAGACGCUACCACUUCCUAUGGCUGGUCGCACCAAGUGCUUUCCGGCGGAGCCAUAA